AUGGGCAAGCUUGUCCAUUAUGCUGAUCAUCGGGCUUCCAGACUCGAGAACUCCAUUCUGGGCAUGAUCUUGACUGCCCGAGCUGAUGCUGUGACAACAUUGAGCGCUGCCAUUGAUGCCCUUGUGGCAACGAUAUCGGUGUGUGAGCGUGGCCAAAGGGACACCGAAGAGGUGACAACUUUGAAGGCCGUUAUUGUUGUUUUGAGAAGUGAUGUGGAUCAGCUGACGUCCACCGACAUGCCAAAGAUUUUUGGGAUGGUGGAGAUCCCAGAUGUGCCAGAUAAGCAUCUAGCUACCACCGGAGAUAAGUGUAGAGUUGAGGAGACAACUAAUAUGGAGUUUGAGGCGGAGACUGAUGAGGAGAUAAUUGAGGUGGUUGAGGAAACUUUGUAUGAGGGCCUUACUGAGACUGAGGAGGCUAUGGUAGAUGAAGUUGUGCAAGCUUAUUUGUUGGAUACACCCUUGGCAGAUCCUAGUGCAGUUGCUAUUCCAUCUUAG